AAAAAAGACUAUAACUUGCCAUUCACCCAUUUCCCCCAAAUUAAGUUGUAAAAAAGAAGAAGAAAGGGUAUUCUUGGGGGAUUUUGGUUUUAUUAUUUUGAUUUUUGAGUCGGUAGUUUCUGGCCCUGGGAAAUGGCUUCCAUUGGUACUUCUUCACCUUUUAUGAUUGACAGAAAUAGGGAAAGCAAACCUUUUGUUUUCUCAACUUUUAGGCCGAGAAAGAUUAAAACUUUGGCUGUUUCGAAUGGUUCAACAUGUGGGGUUUCUUUGUUUUAUAAUAACAAAGGGAAGCUAUGGAGAUUUAAGCCUGUUGGGUUGGCUAGUUCUACGGAUGGCCUUGGUGGUGAUAGCUCAGAUAAUACACUUCAGGAUACAAUUGAGAAGAGCAAGAAGGUUCUUGCCAUGCAAAAAGACCUACUUCAACAGAUUGCUGAACGAAGGAAAUUGGUUUCAUCGAUAAAAGGUAGCAUUGUUGACCAAGAUGAAGAUGGAGAUUUUCAUAAACAGGGGAGUAACUCUCUUCCCAAUCCAGACCUUGCUUCUAUCAGCUCCGACAGAGUAGAUGAAGACAAAAAUGGUAGCAUUCUUUCAAACAGUCGUGCCAAUUCAGCUACAAAGAAUGUAUCGGAGAUCCUACCUUCUACUGAAGUUCAAGAGGAACCUGACCUAUAUUUGCCCCCUGAAAAGGCUUCCUCUACUAUAGGUUCUACGAAACAGCCGAAAAUCGCUGAUUCUAAAGCAUUUAAGUUUGAUGUGAUUCCUUCUUAUCUCUUGAGUUCAUCUGACAAUGCCCGAGUUACAGAUGAACAGAAUGAAAAUUUGGCCAAAGCAGUCUCGAAGGAGGCUGCUGAGGUAGAUGAUUCUGCCAUUGAAGGUGAAAACCCCCCGCCACUAGCAGGUGCAAACGUCAUGAAUGUUAUAUUAGUAGCAGCAGAAUGUGCCCCGUGGUCUAAAACAGGUGGGCUUGGAGAUGUUGCCGGUUCUUUGCCAAAGGCUUUGGCUCGACGUGGACAUAGGGUUAUGGUUGUGGUACCUCGAUAUGCGGAAUAUGCUGAUUCUCAAGCUACCGGAGUUCGAAAGAGGUAUAAGGUAGACGGACAGGAUAUAGAAGUAACCUACUUCCAAGCGUAUAUUGAUGGUGUGGAUUUUGUUUUUGUGGACAGUCCCUUGUUUCAACAUAUGCAGAAUAACAUAUAUGGAGGAAACCGUGUGGAUAUUUUGAAGCGCAUGGUAUUGUUUUGCAAAGCAGCGGUCGAGGUUCCGUGGCAUGUUCCAUGUGGUGGUGUCUGCUAUGGAGAUGGAAAUCUGGUUUUCAUCGCUAAUGAUUGGCAUACUGCCUUGUUGCCAGUGUACUUGAAGGCAUAUUAUCGGGAUAAUGGUUUGAUGUCCUUCACGCGAUCCGUUCUUGUUAUCCAUAACAUCGCUCACCAGGGUCGUGGGCCGGUUGAAGAUUUCAACUAUGUCGAUCUACAGGAACACUACAUGGACCUCUUCAAGUUAUAUGACCCAAUAGGAGGUGAUCACUUCAAUAUCUUUGCGGCUGGACUAAAGACGGCUGACCGAGUGGUCACCGUUAGCCAUGGAUACGCUUGGGAGGUCAAAACUUCAGAAGGUGGUUGGGGUUUGCAUGGGAUCAUAAACGAAAACGAUUGGAAGUUGAGGGGAAUAGUCAAUGGAAUCGAUACAAAGGAGUGGAAUCCGAAGUAUGACAUUCACCUCAAGUCAGAUGGUUAUACUAACUACUCCUUGGAAACACUGAAAACCGGCAAACCUCAAUGCAAGGCCGCCCUACAAAAGGAGCUUGGGCUACCGGUUCGUGAAGAUGUCCCACUGCUCGGCUUUAUCGGGAGACUAGAUCAACAAAAGGGCGUUGAUCUAAUCGCUGAGGCAAUUCCCUGGAUGAUGGGCCAGGAUGUACAGUUAGUCAUGUUAGGAACCGGCAGAGCCGACCUAGAACAGUUGCUAAGAAAGUUUGAAAACGAACAUCGCGACAAGGUAAGGGGAUGGGUAGGGUUUUCAGUAAAGACAGCUCACCGUAUAACAGCCGGGGCAGAUAUUUUACUGAUGCCAUCAAGAUUCGAACCCUGUGGACUAAACCAAUUGUAUGCUAUGAACUACGGGACGAUCCCGGUUGUGCAUGCGGUGGGUGGAUUGAGGGACACAGUCCAGCAAUUCAAUCCGUUUGAAGAGUCGGGACUCGGUUGGACAUUCGACAGUGCGGAUGCGAACAAGUUGAUACAUGCUCUAGGGAAUUGUUUGUUGACAUAUAGAGAGUAUAAAACAAGCUGGGAAGGGUUGCAAAUACGGGGAAUGAAGCAAGAUCUGAGCUGGGACAAUGCAGCUGAGAAGUACGAGGAAGUCCUCGUUGCUGCCAAAUACCAAUGGUGAGGCGUGUUUGUUUUAUGAUUCUUGAAUAUCAUGUAAAAGAUAGGAUUUAGAG